UCUGCUGCAGCCGUGCAAUAAAAUACACCCACCAGCCCUGAGAGAACGACAGCACAGAGAAAGAGAGAGAGAGAGAGAGAGAGAGAGAGAGAGGGGGAGAGAGAGAGCGAGCGAGGAGGAGACGGACAACCUGAAGACACAAGAGGUGACAUUCGGGGAGGGAGAGAGUGAAAGAGACAGAGACAUAGACAAAGAGAGAGGGGAGAGAGAGAGAAAGAGCAAAAGAGAGGGAAAGAGCAGGAGAGCGAGAGACAUUGAGAAAGACAAAGAGAGAGAGCGAGAGAGUUGAGGCCUCGGGUCAGGUUGAAUUUACAUUUAGAUGUGUUUACAGUUUGGUUUGGUUUCGUUUGCAGUUUCUAACACGGUUCUUCGUCUCUUUUGACCGGCUGUCGUUUUCUUCGCUUCGUUGGUCGUCUGCGAGUGUCACAAUGGUUGGGCUUGCGCCGCCGCUAAGUGUCUUACAUCUGACUUAGACUCCUAACUCCACAGUGCGGCUGACUUUGUGGCACGUCUUUGGGUGAAUUUUGAACUUUUGAGUGAUUUUUUGACCUUUGGGGUCAUUUCUUGACCUUUUAGGUCAUUUUUUGGUAAGUCUCUGAGCAGGUCUCCAAAGACUUUGGCAAAGUUUUGGUUAUUCUGAGGUCAUACGUUUCUCUCAGUUUAAAUUUGUACUGGUUUUUGGACUUUAGUAGCUGGGCUUAGAAGUGACUGAAGGUAUACAGAAGCAGCAAAAGGCUUUUCGAGGUGACUUUUAGUGAUUUGGAACCAGGUUUAGGGAUUACGAAGUGGCUGAAGGUGCUUAGAAGUGACUCAACGUCUUUAGGUUUCAGUUUUUAAUGAUUUAGGACUGAUUUAGGAGUGAUUUUAAGUGUUUACAAGGGAUUUUAGUGAUUAGAACGUGACAAAAUAUAUUACGGAGUGGUUUAGGGGUGGAUUUAGAAGAGACUCUAGUGAUUUUAGAAGCAAUGUUGGUGAUUUAGAGGUCAUUUAGAAGUGACUGUGGUGAUUAAGAAGUGAUUUUAGGUGUUUAGAAGCUGUAUGUUGGUACUGUGUAGGUUGUUUUAGAGUAGGACUGUAUUAGAGGUGUUACAAUGGAGCUGUGGAGGCAGUGUGCGUCGUGGCUGAUCCAGUGCAGAGUGCUUCCCGAGAACCACAGAGUGACCUGGGACAGUGCACAGGUGUGUGACCUGGCUCAUGCUCUGAGAGAUGGCGUGCUGUUGUGUCACCUGCUGAAUAACCUCCUCCCCCACGCCGUCAACCUGCGGGAGAUCAACCUGCGUCCGCAGAUGUCUCAGUUCCUGUGUCUGAAGAACAUCAGAACAUUUCUGAGUGCAUGCCAUGAGAGAUUUGGGAUUAAGAAGAGUGAGCUGUUCGAGGCCUUCGACCUGUUCGACGUACGAGAUUUCGGCAAGGUGAUCGGUACUUUGUCCAUUCUGUCCCAAACCUCAAUAGCAGUUCAGAAAGGUUUCAGACCUUUUCCUGAUGAAGUGUGUGUUGGAGAUGAUGACAUCUACACCGGCCUCUCAGACCAGAUCGAUGAUACGGUGGAUGAGGAUGAUGAUCUGUAUGACUGUGUGGAGGAUGAGGAGAACGAGGGAGAUGAUAUUUAUGAAGAUCUGAUGAGGACAGAGGAGCCGCCGGAGACACAUCAGAAGGUUGAGGUGGACAAGAGGAGCUGCUGUCUGCAGGAGAUCCAGCAGACUGAGGAGAAAUACACACAAACACUGGAGUCCAUACUGCAGCACUUUAUGAAGCCACUGCAGGCUUUCCUCAAACCCAACGACAUCGAGAACAUCUUCAUCAACAUAGAGGAUCUGGCCGGUACUCAUCGCUGCCUGCUGAAGGAAGUGCAGAGUUCCAUAUCAACGUACGGUGCAGAAAACCUCUUCCAGGUUUUCAUCGAUUACAAGGAGAAGUUGCUGCUGUACGGCCGGUACUGCAGUCAAGUGGAAUCUGCCACAAAACACCUGGACAAGAUCGCCAGCAUGAAGGAGGACGUCAGAAUGAAACUAGAGGAGUGCUCUAUGAGAGCCAACAGUGGGCGAUUUUCACUCAGAGACCUGCUGAUGGUGCCCAUGCAGAGAGUGUUAAAAUACCACCUACUGCUGCAGGAACUGGUGAAACACACCGUUAGUCCCACAGAUAAGGAGAACCUGCGCACUGCACUGGAUGCCAUGAGGGAUCUAGCACAGUGUGUCAAUGAGGUAAAGAGGGACAAUGAAAUCAUUCGUCAGAUCACAGCCUUCCAGCUCUGCAUUGAGAACAUGGCUCAGUCCCUCGCUCUAUUUGGGCGUCCAAAGAUUGAUGGAGAGCUGAAGAUCUGCAGUCCAGAGAAGAAGUCCAAACAGGACAGGUAUGCGUUCCUGUUUGAUAAAGCUCUGCUGGUCUGUAAGAAGAGGAGUGGAGAGAGUAUGGAGCUUAAGGAGCUCAUCGACCUUCAGCAUUUCCAGCUCAGAGACGAACCAUCAGGAGAUAAAGAUCACAAGAAGUGGACACAUACUUUCCUGCUGAUGGACUCGUACGGUCAGGGCGGCUAUGACCUGUUCUUUAAGACGCGGGAGCUGAAGAAGAAAUGGCUGGAGCAGUUUGAGAUGGCUCUGUCCAACUUGUGUCCAGACAACAGCACAGCUAACGGUCAUGACUUCCAGAUGUACUGCUUUGAGGACACCACUUCCUGCAAAGCCUGUCAGAUGUUGCUCAGAGGGAUAUUCUUCCAGGGCUACCGCUGCAGCCGCUGCAAAAUGCCUGCCCACAAGGAGUGUCUGGGACGAGUUCCUGCGUGUGGUCGAAGCUCAGAAAAUUCUGGGACUUUGAAAAAGAACAAAAACCGAUCUGCAACUCACCGACAGACUAAACCAGGUCUUCCUAAGAUGGAGGUGUGUCACGAUUAUUAUGGGCUGCCUCCACCACCGGUGGCUUUCGGCCAACCACUGCAUCUCACCGUUGGUGACGUCGUAGAGCUGACGCGUGCAGACGUCGACCUACAGUGGUGGGAGGGCAGGAAUCUGACUGUAGGAGAGGUCGGCUGGUUCCCCUGCAGUAAAGUUCAGCCCUUCUUACCGGUGAGUGAGCCCAGGGUCAAGAGCUCGUCCACUUCAAAGAGACAAACUCCUGACCUGACGGGGUUCAACUGGUUUGCAGGUAAUAUGGACCGUACAGAGGCCAAGAGUCUGCUGAUGUCUCGCUCUGAUGGGACGUUUCUGGUUCGGCAGAAAGACGGAGGAGAAUUCGCCAUCAGCAUCAAGUUUAAUAUGGACAUCAGGCACAUUAAGAUCACUCUGGCUGAAGGUCUCUACAGGAUCAAUGAUAAGAAAGCCUUCAAAGGGCUCAUAGACCUGGUUCAGUACUAUCAGGAGAACACUCUGAAGGAGUGUUUUAAAGACGUAGAUACUCGCCUCCAAAUCCCCUUCAAACAGCCGGAGCAGAGCGGGUCCUCUUACACACACCAACCUACCAGAGGUGUGAGUGAGCGCUACUUUGGUACGGCUAAAGUCCGGUAUGAUUUCUCUGCGCGGGACCGUACUGAGCUCUCUCUGAGAGAAGGAGACACUGUGAAAAUCAUCUCAAAGAAAGCACACAACGGCUGGUGGAAAGGAGAGGUGUACGGCAGGGUGGGGCUCUUUCCUGCUAACUACGUGGAGGAGGAACAUUCAGACUACUGCUGAUUCACUGAUUCAUUCACACACACACUGACUCUUUGAAUCUCUCAGUCCUGACUCCAGCUGUGUGGAAGGCUGAACACUGCUGACUCUGAUUCACUGAGUCAUUUACACACCGAACCUUUCGGCUCCGAUUCCAACUCUGUAGAACAGCAACAUUCCAAAUAUUGCUGACUCACUGACUCACUGUGAGUCAUUCACAAGCUGAGUGAUUCUUCAAAUCUCUCUGUUCUGACUCUUUGAAUCAUAUUUACUUGUUGUUAUUUGCAAU